GGGACCCCUCUUUUCGGUCUCUUUGCUCCCCGACCGUCUUUGCAUUCCGUGAUGUUGCCCUUCGGGCCUUCGGGAGGGGAGAGUCCUUACCCACUCUUGUGUUAAGGACGAGUUUGGGCGGCUCUCGUACUACAGGAGACUGAGGGGAUGCUCGUCUGGGGGAACCGUUGCAUCGGACUUCUGCGUCUAAGCUCCCCAGACACUGGGGAACCCCCCACCCCACCCGCCGGUCGACAACACGCAGGAAGCCUGCGGUUGUGGUCGCUCGUCGACGGGGGGAGAAGUCACACCGGCGAAGAGGGUGGUGCCGGAGGGUGAGUAGAUCAAACGGGGAAAAUUCCUCGCUAUCGUCUGCGACCGCCACAUCCCCCCUCCCCCUUCCCUCCGGGCCCGGAGUCCCGAUCUCUCAAGAGCCCUCGCCGCUUCCGACGUCCAUCGGCGCAGCUUCCGGACCCGGAAGGAACCACCCCCGAUCCGACGAGGCACGUCCCCGUCGGAGGGAAGGAGGAGAAGAGGCCUCCUCAGGCCUCCUCGCCCGCAUCCCUUCUCCCAAAGCAACGGCAUAACUCCCCGACUCACCCGGACACGGCUUCCCUUCCCUCCGCCUCCGCCUCCGCUGUGUCGGAAAACCUCGGUCUCACAACACUCGCCCAGGCGUCCCCCGGCGAUCGAGUGCCCGGAUCCGCCUCGCGUCAGACGGUUCCCUUGGCCACACCCCGACCGAAAGAGCCCACCACCACCUCGCGCACACACACACACACACACACACACACACACACACACACACACACACACACACACACACAUUACAGCGUCCUCCCCCAUCUUGCCCUCCCUGACCAUACAUCCUCACGGUCCCUCACCGACCCGGACCGGACUACCUC